CUUCUGCCAAAAUUUAGCUAAAACGAAAAACACUCCGUUUUCCUUCCCUUUUAUAACACAAACCCGAUAUUAACGCCAUUUCCUCUCGCUUUCUCUCUCACACACUCACACACUGUCCUGACUGUCACACCAAAAUCAAGUCCUAUUUUAGAUAUUAGAGAGGGAAAAGGAAAGAAAGAAGAAGAAGAAUCAUAACAAUCUCUCCGUAUCCUCCUUCUCCUCCGUCGAGCUUUACCAUCACCACAGCGGCGGCAAUACACGCACGCACACACACACAGACACAUAUAUUAUUAUUUGCCAGCCUAUACAUACACGUAAUAUCUCCUCCUUUGUAUAUAUUGAGGCAACUUCAGUUUUUGAGAAUUAACACAACAUUUUCACAUACGCGCAGUUUUUUUUUUUUCGAUUUUUUUUUUUUUGAAUUGAACAUUUGCUUCAAUGGAGAGUGUGUGAUUUGACGGAGGCGGAUCUUAUACCCUGCCGGAGUUAAUUGCCUUGUAUCCGGUGUCUGAGAUUAUAUACGGUUCGGUAGCGGCGGAUUUUUUUGUAGAUCUUUGCGUUUUCGAGCGGAACGGCGGUGAUUCCUUUUCGUUUCAAGGCAUUGAAUGUUAGUUUAGCUUCAUUUUGGCGUCGGAAAUUAGUUCUGCAUUUGUUCGAAGAGUUGGAGAUUUGCGGUAAUGAUGAGCCUGUAGUGACAUUUUUUGUUUAGGCGGAUGAAAAUGGUGAUGGAUGAUAGAGAAGGAUCAUUCGUAGCUGUGCGGAGGAUUUCUCACGGACUCGAGCGAGGAAACAGUAAUACCUGCCAUUCUUGUAUGUUCUCUGUUUUUUUUCUCCCCUCACAAAUUACGACUGAACUUCUUUUUCUUUUUUACUUUUUUCUUUUUCCCCCAAAUUUUUCCAUGAGUAUACCUGUACGUUUAAAUAUAGAAAUGUAUAUGCCUAAUUUCCGGUCAUUUUGUACCUCAGUUGCCUUUCAUUGUAAACCCCUGCUAUUCACCCUCGGAUAUUGUCUUAUUUUGAUUUCUCUGUUCUAAUUUACCCAAAAUAGUUCUCUUAGUUGCUUGGAUUUGUGUCAGGAGUAGGAGUAAUUGUAGGAGUUUGGAUCUGUGAAAUUGAAAAUUAGAUUUGUUGAUGCCGACUUCCUUUGACAUUUGUGCGGAGGUUGUGGCAGGGUCCGCAGCAUGGCUUGGAAGAGGUCUUUCAUGUGUUUGUGCUCAGAGAAGGGAGAGUGAUGCUAGGCCGUCAUUUGAUUUGACACCUGCUCAGGAGGAGUGCUUGCAGAGGUUACAAUAUCGCAUUGACGUUCAGUAUGAUAGCUCAAAUGUUGAACAUCAGGAAGCAUUACGCGCCUUAUGGAACGCUUCCUUCCCUGAGGAAGAGCUUCGUGGUUUAAUAUCUGAACAGUGGAAGGAAAUGGGUUGGCAAGGGAAAGAUCCAUCUACAGACUUCAGGGGUGGUGGAUUCAUAUCAUUGGAGAAUUUGCUGUACUUUGCCAGGAACUUCCCUAAAUCUUUCCAGGACCUUCUUCGCAAGCAGGAAGGUGAUCGAGCUUUGUGGGAAUACCCUUUUGCUGUUGCAGGAGUCAAUAUCACCUUUAUGCUGAUUCAGAUGCUUGAUCUCGAAGCUGUGAAACCUCGGAACUUGGUUGGAGCAACAUUCUUGAAGUUCCUAGCAGAGAACGAAUCAGCAUUCGACCUCCUAUACUGCAUCACAUUCAAGCUGAUGGACAAUCAAUGGCUUGCAAUGCAUGCAUCUUACAUGGACUUCAAUGUAUGCUCCCUCAACUUUGAUAAUUUUUAACAUGAAACUCCUUUAGCCUGCUUUUAUGAUAUAUUUGAAGUUUCUGCUGCAUAUUAUCUUUGGAAUUCAGAAGUAGGUCCGAUAUAGGAAGAACAUUCUAGAUGGUUGGAUCAAUUAUCGAGUAAUCUGGUAGACAGUUUAGUUAUAUGUUCAACCUAGUCUGGUUAGUGCGAGUUUCAACUGCUGACUUAUUACUCAUCUAAUGGAUCUAGAACUUUUUGUCAAUUUUUUUUUUUUCCCCCCCGUUAACUUCUUCUGGUCCCUUAUAGUUCUUUCCACAUCCAAUGCAGACUGUGAUGAAAGCUACACGCCGCCAGCUUGAAAAUGAGCUUUUGCAAGAAGACAUAACACGUCUUGAAGAGUUACCCUCUUACAGUCUUCUUAGUCGAUAGUGACAGUAGUGCAUGACUUUCUGAAAGAUGGGAAUGGAAAUUGCUGCUGUGCGAGAUUCUUGCAUUGAUGUGAUUCUGUCUUUCACCGGCUUUCCUUUUUAGCUUUUAGUUUAGAUCUCUGUCAAGUAUAAUCGUUCUUCACGUUAUAUCGUUCAUGUUAUCGCUCGUUGCUUUUCCCCAUCAGGGAAUGGCAAGAAACAUCCAGGUCAAAAAUGUCGACAGUGGAUGUUGGGAGUAGGUAACUAUAAUUACCAUGCUUGAGGGUUCUUGAUAGGAAUAUUCCCCCGAAGGUGUUCAAAAAGUGAAUAUUAAGUGUUAGCUCAAGGACACAGGUCGUGUUUUCGCCAUAUCAAAUGUAUUUCUGAACGCUGAAGUUUGCCAGUAAAAUUUAAAUUGUUUCUGUUUCACAAACCUGGAAAACAUGCCUGUAAUGACAAUGUAGUCGAUAUUUUCAGAAAUGCAGUGAAGUCAUGGCUUUAUGCCAUCCUUUUUACAAAUCUUUUCCUAUCUUCGGCUUUGUGGCCCUGUGUGUUAUGUACUUAAUCGUCUGAACGAUAGCAUUUCAAUGACAAAAAUGGAGUUUCAGGAAUGGAUCAUCUGAAGGUAACCAUGUACAAUCUCCUUGAUCUUUGGCUCGUUCAUGUAGAACCUCCUUUUAUACGCAACGGGAUUAUGGGCAUACGUGGGUUCCAUGUUUAAAGGUUGAAAUCAAGAAUACAACCUUCGGUUCAUUGACCCCAGUGGUAUUUCAGAACCUUAAACAGCACUAUCCAGCUUCUGCAUCUUGGUUGGAUUGACCCUUGUGGAAUUUUAGAACUUUUAACGGCACUAUCCAGCUUCCACAUCGCCACAGAACAAAAGCUAAGCGGGACAUUGCUCUUCUAUUGCUUGUCUUAAACAGUCACUGCUUCUUGUCUUUUAAUAGCUCAUAACGCAAAUAGGGAAGGAUGAAUUCAUGCCACAUUAUUGGAACCAUUAUCAUGAGCUUAGAAAGGAGGAUUCCUGGUACUCGAUAUACCAACUACUAAUACUAGAGUAGUCUUGGGAUUAGAAAGUUGGAGUUCAUUAACUAAAAAACUGAAAACCAUGAUACUCAAAUGAUUAAUGUUUUAAUUAAUUACCCCUGGGAUGGUAUUUGGCUUCUACUUGUUACUCCCUCAGUUCCAAAAUAAGUGUCGUUUUAACAAAAUGAAAAAAUUUCAAAAUAAGUAUCGUUCUUACAUUUCAAUGCACUUUGUGUUCAAAGUUUCAAAAAUAACCCUCAAAAGAGUUAAAUAUUAUUAGCUGCC